AUGGUCGAAUACACUCCUCCGCCCGAGGACCUGUCGCGUCUCAACCCCAUUCAGCGGUACAUGCAGAAGGGCCAACUCGACAAGCAAGAUUAUGUGUACCUCUUCGUUUUCGUCGCUAUAUAUUUCGUGGCCAGACCUAAAAUCGAAGAAUUCUUUAAGUGGUGGAUGGGCCAGAAGGAUCUGAAAGAAGGCGAACAGGCCCGAACAGAAUACAUGCACUCAAGGGCAAAAGUUGGACCGAACGUGAUACGUGGAACUGAGUCUACAGUUCUGGAAACGAUACCCGAGGUCUCUGGCGAUACUGCAACUGGCAACAAUAUGGACAAGAAAGGCAAGGUGGUAAAUCGAAAGACGAAGGAGAAGUCGGGCGCAGAAAAGUUAUUAGACUGGGAGGAUGAGCCGGAGAGGAAACCUACGGAAGGAGAUAAUUCAGACAUUGUGGCGUGGCUCGACAGAUGGUCCAACGAUGAAUGA